AUGGACGCCAGGGCGAUGCGGUUCGAGGACGAGAAACGGCGCAUAAUUGAGAGCUGUUUCAGUAAGAAGGAUGUCGACGGCUCCCUUCUCGAAACCUACAUAACCCACGUGCGAAUCACCGAAUACUCAUCCUACCCGACCUCACCACCUCCUCCCCAAGCACGCGGGCAGAAUGCAGAGAAACCACGAGUCAUCAUUGUCGCGGUGCGCAAGUCUGGCCGCGUACGGAUGCACAAGUCGAAGGAGAACACGAAUGGCACCUUUUCGAUCGGCAAGACCUGGAACCUCGACGACCUGACCACCGUGGAAUCCUUUACCGGCCCGACGGCAACUGCGCAGAACCGAGAAUGGGCAGGCGAUACUGGGUUCACCGUGACUAUCGGCAAGCCCUACUUCUGGAACGCCCAAUCCGACAAGGAGAAGAAGUUCUUCAUAGCAAGCUUGAUCAAGAUCUUCGGGAAGUAUACAGGAGGAAGGACGCCCGAGUUGACGGGCUUUGAUCAGCGAGAACUGGAUCAAGUCCUGGGUGGUGGCAGACGACCGCCGCCACCGCAGCAACAUCAAGGACAACCACCGUCGCGCCCUACUACUUCAGACCCAGCAACAAGGCCUUGGGCGACCCCCGCCACUUCAGAAUCCAGGGCAACCACCGUCGCGUCCCACAACUUCCCGAUCAGCAGCAGGGCCCGAGCCGUCCGCCCGAUGCCAGAAGGUGUAUCCAGCAAUGUUAGCGGAUUCUCAGCCUCCUCGUCAACAAUAUCCACGAAUGCUGCCGCUGCAUCGAACUACUCCCUUCAGCAGUCAGCUGUGCCGCCUCCCGCCCGUCGAUCGCCUUAUAUGCAGAACGGCACGAAUUCGCCGAGUGGUAGCGUCAACUCGUCGAUAUCCCAAAACCAACCAGCCUUCAAUCGACUUGCCACUGCCAACAAAAGCCAAGAGUCUGUCGCUGCGUCCUUUGCGACGAGGAGCGAUGAUGCCUCCAGCCUGCCGCCAAGAUCCAGAAAUGGCCAGCCAGGGCCAGGGGCCUUCGGAAGAUACGGUGAUACCGCAGAACAAGUGCCAACAACACAACCGCAAACACAAGACGAGAGACCGCCCGAACGAAAGCGCCCACCGAUGGAUCCUUUGCGGCCCCAGGGUAUUGCUGACAAGGAUUUGGUACCCGCGCCAUUGAUGAGCCCAAGCAUGCGACGCGAUCCCGUUGCCCCUCCUCCUAGAAGCGUUGAUAGGAUGUCGCCCAGGAAGCCUUCAAUAUCGCAAAGGUCAGAAUCAAACUCCUACAAAGAACGGCCAGUCACACCCGGGUCAUUCAAGGAUCGACCCGUCACACCAGCAGCUUCUGAAGCUGCACCCCCGCCGUCCAACGACGGCCCAGGAGAUCUGAAGCCUCCUCGCAACGGCUCUGUAUCAACGGUCUCCAGUGCUGCUCCCAUGGCGGUACCAGAGCCCCCGCCAGAUCCAUCUCCAGUGGACAACGCAGUCGAAGACGAGGAGUCCCGCCCAGGCCUUGGCCCCAUGAUCAAAUCGAAGAAGUCCAAGGGCGAAAUCGCAGGCGCGUUUUGGAAAGCUGCCAGUGCAGCCAACGCCUUUAAGCCGCGACCGGGUGGUGCAGGAGAACGUCUGCGUCUCGCUGCUACCAAAUCAAGCGAGGACGGGUCCGAUGGAAUUACAGGCGUCUUCCAGCCGCCUCCACGACCAAAAUCCUCCGAUGCCGAGAAGGCGCAGGUUGCCGAGCCCGCUCCAGCCGCUGAAGCAGUACCUCCGUUGCCAGAGGUCAAGAUCACUGUGCCCAACUCGAGUCGCCCUGCAAGCCUGCAGCCUUCAAUCAAGGAGGUCAAGCCGGCUGAAAUUGAGGCUGCGAAGACCGACGAUGCUAUGCGCAAGGAUGACCCUCGAAAAUUUGUCAUUGCCGGGAACGAUGCCAGUGAAUUUACGAAGUGGCUCGACUUUUUCGGCUGGGUUCCGGGUCAGCAAAUGCGUUCACGACACAUGGAUGAAUUGAGAAUUGACGUCGAUCGUGAGCUCAACAAGGCUCAAGCCGGUGGAUGGCUGGCACGUUUUAAGGAGGACGAUGACCGAGUCGAUGGUAUCAAGCGCGGUAUCGAUACCGCCAUUGCCGAGUGCGAAGAGCUGGACAAUCUUCUGACACUCUACAGCGUUGAGCUAUCAACGUUGUCGGAUGAUAUCGCAUACAUUGAGGCGCAGGGGCAAGGUCUGCAGGUUCAGACUGCCAACCAGAAGACCUUGAGAAAAGAGCUAGAGUCGUUGCUGGAAACCACGGCCAUCACAUCGAACGAUCUUGGCGCCCUCCGAGGAGCACCUCUUGAGAACCUCAAUGGCCUCGAGGACAUUGAGCGCGCUCUCGUCACGCUCUACAAAGCCAUGAUGAAGAUUGACCCAACAUUAGGCGGUGAUCAAUCAAGAAAAAGCAAUGACGGCGGCAUCGACAAUGAUCAGUCACUUGGUCUCGACAACAGCGACUACGGCAAAAUGCGCAUCGUCCAGGAGAAGAAGCAGAUGUACAUGCAAGAGAGCUCUCUAUUCAUGCGACGCCUCGUUGAAUACAUGGCGCGGCAGUUCCAAGAGGCAACGAGCGAGACGAGCCGCCAGCUUGGAGAAGCACUGUCACGAAAGGUCGACUCGCACCACCACGAUGCCGGCAGAGACCUCCUUUGGAAGUACAGUCCCCUGAUCCUGUAUGCCAGAGACGUCGAUCUUAAGAAUUGGGACCGUCUGCUGCAGCUGUAUCAGGACUUGAACCAUCCCGUCUACAAACGCGAGUUCCAGCAAAUCAUGACGGCAUGGAAGAGGACGCCCGCAAAAUGCAUCGCCACGACUGCAAGGAAGUUAACGGUCAAGCGUAGUCAGACUUUGGCCAAAUCCCUUCGCAGCCCUCUCGACGGCAGCAGAUCAAAUCUCAAGUCAAGCGAAGGCCAAAGUUUGCCUUACGAGACAUUUGGCUCCGUCCUAGAUGAUAUUUUGCCCCUGGUCGAGAUGGAACAGAAUUUUAUCGUGGAUUUCUUUCACGCAACGACGCUGGACCAGUCAGACUUCCCAGACGCUGUUGCCGCUUUCAGGCCGAAGGACCGGCAGGGUGGUGACUUGAGGAGGCAUCGCCUCAUGGAGCCUGACCGAGAUCUCGCUCGCCGAGUUACCAAGGCUAUGGAGGUCAUCUUUGUGUUCAUGGAGAAUGAACUGUCAGGACUCGUCCAAUGGGUCCUGACGGUAGACAACCUCCAAGGCGUCGGCGUGCUCGCUGCUAUGGAGCGUAAAAUGGCUGAAAUUUCUCAGACCAACCAGGACUUCCUUAACACACUUCUCCAAAAGCUACAUAGCACCCUCGAAGGUCGGUUCAAGAAAUUUGUCGAUGAGCAGAUUCGCGCAAUCGAGGAAACCAAAGUCAAGAUCAACAAGCGAAAGGGCGUCAUCUCGUUCAUCCGCAUCUUUCCCAAUUUCUCCACCGCCGUGGAAAACAUUCUUAACGGAGUCGACAAGAACCUUAACAUUCGCGGCACUGUCGAUCGCGAGUAUGACCGCAUACUCAAAUCCAUGUUUGACUCGCUCAAGAUCAUCGCCAGAGAGAACCCCGCCGUUGCCGUCAACACGGGCGCCUCGGCGGAUUCGGAGGACAAGGAAGCACUCAACUUCCACAUCCUGCUCAUUGAAAACGCAAACCACUUCCUCGAGGAGGUGGAUGCGCGCGGGCUGGAGGUCCUCGAGGAGUGGCGUGCAAACGCCACGGCUGAGCUCGACGAACACAUGCAGCUCUACAUUGGUGCCGUCAUGCGCCGCCCCCUCGGCAAGCUGCUCGAAUACCUCGAGAACAUUGAGGCGCAGCUCGCUUCCGGCAAGCCGGGCACCAGCAUCGCUGCCCAGCCCUCCAACUCCAGGGGCGUCUUCAACAAGGUCGUUGGCAACUACGACGCGAAGGAGGUCCGCAAGGGCAUCGAGACGCUGCGGAAGCGCGUCGAGAAACACUUUGGAGACGCCGACGACCCGGCUCUCAGCCGGAACCUCGUCACCAAGGUGCUCAAGGAGUGCGAAAAGUUCUACGGGGACGUGGAGCUGCGCAUCAGUCGCGUGACGGCCGAUGUCUACAACGGGGACACGUUGUUCGAGUGGCCCAGGGCGGAGGUGAAGAGCGGCUUUUCCGGGCUCGGUAAAUAG